AUGACCAUGCUUUCAUCUGAUCAACUCUUGUCAAUUCAUGCUGCAACUCAAAAGCUGCUCCCUGAUGCUAUCAACUUCUUGACAGAACUCGUUCGUAUAGACACGAGAAAUCCACCAGGAAAUAAUUAUCGCAAAAUAGUUGAACUUAUUGGAAAUAAACUCCAAUCUUUUGGCUAUGAUGUCAAAUAUGUGUUACUAACUCCAGAAGAAACUGAUGAAUUGGCACCUCAUGGGGAAAAGCUUGAACGAAUCAAUGUUAUUGGUAUACUCCCACCUAGUGCAUCAUCUACCAGUGGAAAGAUAAUUCAUUUUAAUGGACAUGUCGAUGUCGUUCAUGAAGGCGAUAUUUCAAGAUGGAACUUCGAUCCUUUUGGUGGAGAAGUAAAGAAUGGCAAGAUUUAUGGAAGAGGUGUAUCAGAUAUGAAAGGUGGCAUUGCUGCACAAAUUUAUGCUAUUGAGACAUUAAGAGCAGCUGGACUGAAACUAAGAGGAACCAUUGAACAAUCUGCCGUAGUUGAUGAAGAAUCUACUGGUAUUCGAAAUGCUGGUAUGGGAUAUCUUGUUGAAAAAGGAUAUAUUACAAAGGAAAAAACAACUGCCGUCAUCAUUACUGAACCUUUAAACUCUUGCAACGUUUGCUGUGGUCAUCGAGGAACGAUAUGGGGAGAUAUUAUCUUUUAUGGCAAAUCUUCUCAUGGAUCGAUGCCAGCUUUGGGUGUCAAUGCCGUACAAAACUGUGCAAAAUUUAUUACUAUCGCUACAGAGGAGCUAAGCGUUCUUCACGAAACCAAACGCGAUCCCAAGGUCAUACCAGUCGAAGCACAAAAAGCUAGCCUUGCAUUCACAGUUAUACAAGGUGGCACCAACACAAAUUCCGUGCCAGAUAUUUGCAAAGUUUCUUUUGACAGACGUCUCGUUCCUGGCGAAUCUCUUGAUCAAGCUCGUUCUGAAAUUCAUUCCAUUCUUCAACGAUUAGCAUCCGAAGAUUCAAAUUUUAAGUAUAAAUACGAAGAACGAUAUGCUGUUGAACCAGUAUGGGUAGAUCCCGAACAACCAUUGUCCUGUAUCAUUCGAAAUGCGAUUCAAACAGUCACUGGAAUAGAAUCUGGAGUGGUUUGUUCACCGGGUUCUGAUGAUCAACGAUUUGUAGUGCAAGGAGCUGGGCUGGAAGCUUGCAUUAUUUAUGGUCCUGGAAAUAUUAAGAAUGUGCAUUGUUAUGACGAAGAAUUAUCCUUAGAAGACUUGAGAAUUGCAAUUGAAGUCAUGGCCAUUGGCACUGCGGAAUUAGUCGGGCUGGAAUAA